AUGGCCGAAAAGGGAGACGGCGGCGUCGUGCCUGCGAGGCCGAUGACCAGAGAUGUCAGCACGCACACUACGAGCGACUCAGAGGGUGCUGGAACCAAAUUCAACGAGCAGACAAAUUAUGUUCCGGUGAAGACAAUUAUCACCAUCUUUCUGGCUUGCGCCAGUGUAGACUUGGUGGCGUUGAUGGACCAAACUACACUCGCGGCCAGUUUAUACAUUAUCGGUGCAUCCUUUGGAUCCACGAAGGAGGUUUCCUGGAUCGCAAGCGGCUACUUCAUCACUUCCACGAUCGGACAAUUAAUUUACGGCCGGCUAUCCGAUAUAUGGUCGAGAAAAGUUGUGUUGCUUACAGGCCUUGCUAUCUUCUUCUUUGGAUCACUUGCGUCGUCACUGGCGCAGUCGGUUCUCCAGCUUACCGUCUUUCGCGCGUUUACAGGUAUCGGUGGAGGUGGUCUCAUGACGGUCGCGCAGCUGAUUGUUAGCGAUGUUGUGCCAUUGAGGGAACGAGGAAAAUACCAGGGCAUCCUGGGUGCUGUCGUUGCAAUUGCCAAUGGCAUUGGUCCCGUCAUCGGCGGCGCUCUCUCGUCCAAGUCAAAGGAGUCGUGGCGCUGGAUCUUUCGUCUGAACCUGCCAUUGACCCUGCUCACGACAUGCUGCGUUGUGUUCAUCAUGCCACUGAAGAAGGUUCAGGGAGACUGGAGACUUAAAUUAAAGGCAGUCGACUUUGUCGGUAUCUUGUUAUCUUUCGCAGGCAUGAUCGCUGUCAUUCUUGGCCUCACUUGGGGUGGAAGUGAAUAUCCCUGGAACUCUGCGCCCGUCAUUGCCUCUCUUGCAGCUGGUGGGGUAAUUUGCGUCGCAUUCGUCCUCUGGCAAUGGAAGGGACCUGAAUACCCGCUGGUACCUCUGCAUAUUUUCAAGUCGAAGAUCGUGAACGGCGCUUGCUUGACAAUGAUGAUCAAUGGAUGGAACUUUGUCAUGCAAGUUUACUAUGUACCGACAUUCUACCAGCUCGUUUACGGCUAUUCGGCCACGAAGUCGGGUGCUCUUCUGCUGCCAAUCACAAUUGUACAGACCGUCAGCAGUACCGUCUCUGGUCUCGUCGUUCACUGGGUUGGGCGAUACCGAGAGUGCAUUCUCUUUGGCUGGCUAUGCUGGGCCGUCGGACUUGGGCUCAUGUCAACGCUGAACGAGCACACCGGCCUCGACAAACAGAUUGGAUAUUCCGUUCUGAUUGGUAUCGGUGUCGGAAACACCAUGCAGCCAGCCUUGAUUGCCGCACAGGCUGGUGUUGCGAGACGCGACAUGGCUGUCGCCACAUCUUUCCGAAACUUCAUUCGCAACGUCGGCUCAACCUUGGGGUUGGCAGUCUGCGGCUCUAUUAUAAACAACGUUUUGAGGAGUGCGGUCUCAACUCUAAACCUUGAUGAUAUGGCCAUGAAGGAUCUUUUGCAGAAUCCGAGAACCUACACAGACACGCUUUCCCCUGACGAGGCUGCCAGGGUUCGUGGCGUUGUGGUACCAGCAUACAAGAGGGGAUUUCGAAUCAUCUUUCUCGUGGGGGCCGGACUAGCAGUCCUUGGCUUCUUGCUUGCCUUCGUGCUAAUGCCCCAAGUGUCUUUGGCCCGACCCGACGACGAAAAGCUCAAAGAGGAAGGCCGCAAGGCCGACGAGGAACGCAAACAGAAAAGUAAAGCUUGA